AUGUUGUUCAAAAGCUGCUAUCUCCCCAAAGUUUGCCCAAAAGAUGCCGACAUUUACCGAGUAGGUAUUACUUUCUACCAAUCAGUUUUCCCACCCUGAGUAUGAUUCUUCCGGGAUGAAAAUGUGAAAAGUGCUCAUUUUUUCGCGGAAGAGGGUGUGUGUGUGUUUCGUUGAUUCCCUGCACCUAUAGAAUAGUGUAAUAGAAGAAAAGGAGGAAGAAUUAAUUGGAAAUGUCACGCAAUGAACUUUUGAACUCGCUUUGGUGCAUCAGCCGGUAGCUUUAUUGUUGACACCUAUAUCCACUCACGAUCUUUCUCGGAAACUGCGUAUUUUUGAUUUUCUUCUAAUUCCCUUUCUGGAUUCAAACUGACAAGUAUCUUGUAGGUAAAAAUUGAUUGUGGACAACAGUACGUUCAAGACAGGUUCAAUCCAUUUAUGAUCUCUGCUGUCACAAAUUUUGUAGGGCACACACUUUUCCCGCACAUACGCACACAAUACAUCGGUUCCACGUGUUUGAAUGUGCAUCCAAUAUGUUUACACUCUUUGCUCAGCUUUUGCUCUUCGAUGGUUACGGUACGGCUGCGGAGCUCCUUGUGCUCUUUUGGUCAUCCUCAUGGAUGUUUGGUUUUUAAUCUGCAAGUCGAGUCCUCACGAAUACCGUAUCCGGCGUGGAACCUUGUUGACUCAGGUUGCGAUCAUUAUGUUGCGUUGCAGCCGAGAGAUAUAAAUAGAGGGAGAGAAAGACAGAGAAAGAAAGAAAGAGAGAGAGAGAGCGGCGCUCACUUUCUGUGACUGGUCUCUUGAACUGUGCGUCACUUUUCGUAGUCAAAGGUACACGGCGCAACAGGGGCCAGAUGACAAGUCUUUUGUGACAUGGAGUAUGUAGAGAGCGAAUUGUAUUAGCCGAACUUUACCACAAACUUCACAAACCCGCCGCCUAAUUUGAGCGACGUCAAAUUAUCUAGAAAACCCACUGUCCUCCUCCAGUUUGCCUUCAGAUGUCAUCACAUCACUAUGGGAAUCAGAUGUAUAGUACAGUUGGUAAUGACGUACCUUUUAUUUGAACUUUUCUAAGUGAUCAGAUUGUUUUCCGUCUGGUUGUUAUCACAUAUAAAGCGAUGUUGCAACGCCGUUCUACCCAGUUUCCUUUUUGUUUGCGGCCACAGUUCAAGAUACGGCGUAGUUUGUAGGCGAACUUCUGAACUCUACUUUUCUUCUCUUCUCUUCUUAUUUUUCUCUUCCUAUUCUUCUUCCUACUCCGCCUCCCGCGCGGGCAAAAGUGUGUAUACUCUUUCUCCCGCGUCUCCAUAUUUUGCACUAAUUCCUCAAAGUCUUCCCCGAUGUCUUCUUCUCACUCCCGCCCCUUAUCAUGAGACGCAGACACUCAUUGACAACAGUUGUGAAAGAAGAGAUCAAUUAGUUUUGUUGGUGGUUUGAACUUGAUGAUAUGUAUGAUUUUUUUUGUUGCUUUCUAUUUCCGAUCAGCCUCUUUCUUUUCUCUUUCCCUCGUCUUCUUCAACAGUAUCACUAGAAAUCUAGUUUGACUGUUCAUUGAUGCCUGGUACUUUCUGAUGGUCAUAGCUCAUGUUUACUGUUUAUUAUUGUCCCAGCCUCCCUUUCCUCUUUCCCCUCUCCUCCAACCCUCCCCCCACAUUCUGAUUUUCACGAUCCUUUAUGCUGCCGCUUUAAUACAAUUUCAUUCCGGUCACAUUUUGAUCACAACGAUUCUGGAUGUGAAAGUUUUGCAAUGUCUUCCCGCGCAGAAAAGACGAAUAAGAAGAAAGCUUUGUCAUCUUUAUUUGCCUCCACUUAUUGUGUGUUUCGUCGGUCUCUUCUCCCUUCUAUCCUUCCGAUCAUUUGUCAUCGCUAGAAGAACCCUUUUGUAGUCGGAACCGGACCGCCCGCGUUGUCACAAUCGAGUACCGUAGUCUGACCCGCUUUCGCGUCGCAUCGAAAACCAAAAAGUGUUGCAUGACAACUGUGUUUAUCAAUUGUUGGCCGGUCUGCUUGAACCAGACAUCAUCUGCUUCGAAGCUCCUCCUCCUUCUAGUAAUCUUUCCGCAAAAUGAUCCGAUCAAUCAUCACCUUCUUCAUCUUCUACAUAAAAUUUAAUGCAAAUCGGGGCGGCGUGAAGAGACCUGUUGUUUUGAAAGACUUUGGACUUCUGGUCUUUGAGAAACAGUGCAGAGAGACUCAAUCUCACGUGGUAAUACUAGAAGACAACAGACCAACCGAUCAUCGUCAGAAACUCCCCGCGUCACUAUUUCUCGUGUACAUAAACAAGGCCAACAAAUUCUGAUGGGCCUUCGAAUGUGUGUGUUAUCCUUCUGCAGGUUUACGUAUCUUUUCAUGUUUCUUCCUUACUGUUGCUGAUGUUGUUUCAAAGAUGAAGAGAUCAUUUUAGGGAAGAAUUAAAAAUAAAAUGACUGCAAGUGCAACAUACACAAAGAUAGAUGCAGCAGUGACUUAUUUGCGCGUCGUCACAUUCUUCUCUAUCUUUCUAUCGCCGUCAGCUGUAAAGGGUUGAUAAGACCAGUCUCCUCUCUUUGAAGAUAUUGUGAAGGAAUUCGUAAGAAUGGCUACGAGGACGGAUUUGAUCUGAUCUGGUGUUGAUAUUUUGAUCCGUACUGUUUCGUUUGCAGUACCAAAUUGUGGCGCGCAGAAACUUGAUAGCGAUUAACCGUAGUCUGACUUCUCUAUUCGCACGUAGUGAAUCAAGCAAUCAAUCCAAGGUUCAAAGAUCUAAAAUAUUGAUUUGACGAAGCUAUGAGAUAUUUUGUGUGUCUCGAACCUUGCCGAUGUAGGCUCCAACAUUAGCUAACAGAAUACAACAUUCAUCUAUGUGCGGGUUCCGGUUCCUCCUCAUUAUUAUGGUGAUAAGAUCUUUAAAGAUGUAUCCCAAUGUCAAGUCUCACCACAGAACAAUCAGAAUCAGAUUCGUAAACAGUUCGCUUUAGUCUUCUCCUUCUUUUCAUAUUCCCUCUCUUCUCCGUCUGACCCCGUCCCCCAAUCCGAUCUAUAGAAGUUCAGAAGAUCAUACUCAUUCUACCAUAAUCAUUUCCACCUCUCUCUCUCUCUCGAUCUCCGAUUUAUCGCGGUGUCGAUGUCGCUGAUCAGUUCUAGUUAGUCAACGUGUCCCACUGGCCAUCGGGGAAACCUCCUUUUACAGUCUCCGCCCGUCAGUCUUUCGCCUUCUUAUUCAAACAGAUGUAGUCCUGGUGCAAUUCGAUAGAAGCCUUUGUUGAUAAUAAUGAUCUUUGCAAUCUUUCUACGUGUAUUUUUGCACUCGUUCUAGUUCAAAACACACCUUGCCGACGCUGCUUUCGAUGCGAUUAGAACGAGGAAAUGAGUGAAACUAAAAGCCAGACAAGUUUCGGGGCAAUGAGCACAUUCCUAUCGUAUUAUUUUGUUAUCACCUUUAUCUGAUUCUUGACCUUUUCGAACGCUUGAACAAGAUUAGAGGCUCAACAAAUUCCGGGAAAGUUGGGUACAUUUCCUGAAAGGCGACGCACUUGCGGGCGGUCUUUGGAAAUGGAAAAAUAGAACGGGACGCUUAUUUCUUUUUUCAUUUUCUAGCGAAAGCGUCCCGUAUUUGAUCCUGCAGAUUUUGAAGUGAAUGAAAAGAGAUGGAAAUUUUACGCACCUAUCUUUGUUACGGAUCUUCUCCAGGAUCAAGGUAUCACAGCUUCUUCUCACUCACUUCCCGGUCCGAUUUCGAUCCAUUUCAUUGUCUUUUCGUUCACAAUCGUUUUCGAUAUUCAUCUUUCGCUUUCUAGACUUUUAAUCCCGCCCAUGGAUGCACUCCCGAAUUCUAUUUCCAUUCUUUCCUUCUGUAGUCGUCCUCUCUGUUGUCGGCUAACGAAUCGUUUACCACGGGACCAUACGGUAUUCCCCCGUCCGACUACUUACACCAACCUUUGCGCAAGCACACAUGAUCAAAAAUAAUUAUAUUAGGAAGUUUUGAAAUGUACAUAAAUUCGCGCAAUCAUGCAUGCAACCGCACAAUCAUGCAACCCUACAACAAAAAUUUUCAAAAAUCACGCGCUUCUCUCUUUCUUAUUAUUUCCUGUUGGCUUCUUCACUUCCGACUCAUACAAUCUCAGCUUUCAGAUUGGUCAAUCUCCUUGCUCGAGAUCAAAAAGAAGCCCGUCUGGAGCCGCCGAGCUCAACAAUUGAAAAGUGUUGCUGGUCUUCGGUAAGUCCAUUGUCCUCUAGCUGGAGGGGUUGUUUCUGUUGCCAAACAUUGUCUGGCUCUUUUCCCACCUCAAUUAGUCAAGAGCUUGAUGUUUGUUCCGUUUUUCCGUCACUGCCGCCCGGAAGAUCCGUGGAAAAUCUCUUGGCUCCGAACUUUUUACGUGUCUCUAGAAUGUGCUCUCCUACUGAUUCUGGUUAUCCUACGGACACCCACUUCUUCGUAAUACGACGAGACCUUUUCUAUUAUUCUCUUCUCCCCUUCUUCCAUUUCCAGACAACCCAAAUUAUGAAAACCAUCUCCAUUUCAUGUACUCCUCAAAGUGUCUGGACUCGCUCGGCAUCUUUCUCUAAAGUGUCGAACAGGCUGUGCCAAAGUUUCCAGAGAAACUCACUAAGGCUCUGAGGCUGUUUGCUCUCUAUCUUGUAUUCUGUGAGACUACAUAUUUGCGCGUCCAACCCCAUUUUUUCUAUCCUUGUGGCCAACUUAUACUCGUUUGUCACUCAGUCAUUUUGGACGAGGCUUCACCGAGACUGUCUCGAGUCUCUAAGUACAUCCAAUUGAUGGUUCCCGCAGUAUCACAAACUUUUUGUUGUUAUGUCGGUCUGGUCUUUUGCAGUCCGGUCCACUGCAUACACUGCUGUUCUCUGUUCGUUCCUUUUUUCUUUUGAUCGCCACCCCAACUAAUUCGCCACACUCGCUUCCUUGUUUUUCAAAAGUCGAAGCUUUGCCAGUUUUUCCUCUACACUUCUUUUUGUCCUGGUUUUUUGAGCACCAUAGAGCAAUCUCAACUACGAUCACAGUCUGCGCGGAGUUCUCGUAGUUUCUGGCGCGAUCUGCGUUUGUUUGUCACUUUUCGACCUCUUUCUUUUGUGCUUCUAGUGUUUGGUUUCGUCUCGGAGCAUGAUUGGGGUCAAAUUCGCAAAUCACUGGUGAACUUGCGGUACUUUGUACUUUUCCGUAGAGUUUUAAUAAUGGUUGAAGAUGAAUUACGUUUCGACAGUUGGACAUGGAUGCAUUUGUGCAGCCUUUCCUGACUUUAACAAUGUGCCCAGCUUCAAGACGUUGGUCACUGACCAUUGAACACUUCCUGCUUAUUUUUUCUGUUAUCAUUGCUACUGCAACCCAAUUGCUUUCUCAUUUCCGUGUUCUGUUUUGUGUUUAUCUGUCUGCUUUUUCUUCUUCUUCUUCUUCUAAAAUUGGUCUCCGAUCACAUUUUUUGUGCGGGCCCGCUUGUUUUUCUUCCCUUCGCUCGCUCCCUCCAUUUUUUGAGCCCGCCGAGCUUCUGCGUCUCCUCAGGGGUCUCCUAGACGUGAUCUUCGAACACCCCUAUGAUGAUUGAACCACUAGCUUUCAGCUUAGAAACGAGGAAGCAAACGAACGAAAGGGGGAGUGUGUUUUUUCGUGUUCAGUUGGAAAAAGCAAAAUACACGAGAAGCGAUGGGGGAAAACCCUUGGAAAAUUACAUAUUUUUGCCCGGUCUCUCCCUUUAUCUUCCGCCUCCUGCCUUGCCGUUAUUUCGCUCAGAAGACCAUUUACUCGUUUUCCCAUGCUAUAACCAACAAAAUUUCAGUAAAAUGAGCCCGCACUUCAUGACUGCUGUGACCACCGACGACGAGAACCGCAACGAAAACUGCUCUCCAGCUUCCCAAGAAAUGCAUUCACCGAAGCCGAAAGGGAGGGUAUUGUAUUGCCGAAAAUGCGAGGGACAUGGCGAGAAGGUCAUCCUCAAGAAUCAUUCACCCCAAUGCCCGUACAUUUUGUGCAAUUGUAAAUCUGUGAGUUUCAUUAUUGAAAAGAUUACGGUAGCAUCAAUACGAGCUUUCAGUGCGAAAAGCUGAACUACAAACGGCUGAAGUCGUUCAACAAACGGAAUAAGGAAAAGAUCGAGUUGGCUGCUGCCCUGAAUGCCAAACGACACGCCACCGAGAGCAGUUCAAGUGUUGAUGAGGAGGAUGGUACGGUGCAUUUUUCUGAAUUGUGUUGCUCCGCGGAUCGUUAGAGUCUUAGCGCUAGAGUUCAUCCUUACGAGUAAUUGUUGUUUUGAACGGUUCUCCUAUUCAUUCCACCCUAAUAACUUUUUCUUUUCGUUGCUGUUCCGUUGAUCGAACAUCUAGAAUGAGUAACCCUUCGCGGCCAGACAGCCAAACAAUUCUGCGAACAUUCCGCCCGCAGACACACACGCACACACAAAAUGGAACGAAGACCAAUGAAAGAUCAGUUAAUAACUGAAAUAGAACGAAAGGGCAUUAGAGACACUUUUUACCAGAACAUAAAUGUUAUUGAUUGGGGAGAAGAGAGACGCGGCCGUUCAACCUCUAAUCGUUCAAAAAUCGAGACAGAAGAAGAGUGUUUACAUUCAAAAAGUGCAAGAUUCUGAAUGAGAUGCACAUUCUUCUCUGUCGCUGCAAUGUCAUCAUAAUCGGUCACUUGUUUUCGUCUUUCGCUCGCCUGGAGUGCAUUUCUUCCUCUGCGUUUUAAUCUCAACAGUUCGGAAUUCGAAUUUUACAGUUUAUCCAAUCAUCUUCUUUUAAUUUUAAUUUUAGCAAAGGCAUUAAUCGACGUCCCUCUGAGUACUGAUUUUAAGUUAGUUCUAGAUCACUCGGGAAGAGGCGUCCGCUUGUUUUCGACAUUGCCCUCUAGGAGUGAUCGAAGCGGACCCAUCUUUUGCUGCUAAGGGCUGCCCUUCUUGUUUUGCUCUCGUGUUGUUUUUAGUACAUUCCAGCCGACCAACUGCGAUGCCCUCUCCUCUCUCUCUCCCUCUCUGCGUUCUUCUCUGGACCGAAAAAAGGGCCUUCGUGCGCUCGCGCGCACUCUCUAUCUCGCAUGCCAUCAUACUCACUGCGCUUCUCUUUUGGUCUGUCUGAUUUUCGACUACUACCUCUUCUCGUUCUUCUCCUCGUCUCUCGUCUCGUUGCCACGCACUUUCAGUACACAAUCUGUGUGCCCAGCCAACCCCUCCCCCUCCUAUUUCACUUGUUGUCGUUCUUCUAGGCCCCUUCGUGUUUUCCCAUUUUUCCAUCACUCGGUCGCAUUUUCUCUUUCCCAGACACUUUUCAUUUGUCUCCUAAUGCUAGUCACCAUGCCUUUCAGUAUGUCAUCAUUAAUUUCCUCCAUUCCGCAAUGUGACCAAAUAACGAUCAGUUAUGUUUUGGUCCAGACUCUGACAUUCGAUCAUUUGAUCCGUGUUCACUGCGCAUUGUUCUUGUUUUUGGUAACAGAUAAGUGAAAACAAAAAAAAUAGCAGAAGCUGUCGCUAGCUCAAUUUCUGUCUCACCCAAUGUUCUUAGAAUCGUUGUCUGCUCUGAUUCGAACGUGUGAUCUCUUAGGUCGUCCACCUCUCCCACUACUUUCACAGACACGUGUUAUCAGCUGUCUGAUAACUGAUAACAUCUAAUCACUUUCCCUUUCCCAAUAUUGCAGCAAUGUUUCCCCGAUGGUCUUUGUGUUACGAAAGAAUUCUGGUUGAAUAGUCGGUGCAUGGCAAACAUGUAACAUACAAAUCCCCGCCUCAUCCGUCCUACGACGUAAUCGUUGAAACAUAAAAAGCGUAGCAGUGAUGCGUAAUCCUUCAGCCACACUUCAUUAGUAGAAGAGAUGGAUCAUGUGAGCCGAGUCCUGUGAAUAAUACCGAUUCUCUACUCAAACGUGUGCGCGCUGACGUCCAAACUAGACUCUCACUCUCUCUUUCCUGCUGCUGCUACCGAAUGCAUUCAAAACCAGCACGUCUGUGUACACCGAUGAGACUCAAACAUCAUUAUGUCCACGACCACACUAACGCGGAUCCACCACCUCCGCCGGCGCAGUCUGAUCUUUAUCCGGAUACCGGUACCCUCCGUUCUGUCCUACAUCCCUUCCACGACCACCACUAGUCCCGUAUUUGAUCGCCUCUAGUGAUCUCUUUAAAAAGGGUGCAAGUCUCUGGCUGCAUCGCGGACUAUGUGUAUACGCGGUUUUUCUCCUCAUUUUGCCGCAUCUAUUCGCUUUUCUCGUUCUCAUGUUACCCUUUUCAGGAUUCUCCCGUCGCUCAUCGUUCUGCUCGAAAACUUCAACUCCAGGCAUGGACACUGAUAACUCAUCGGUACGUGUUUUCGUCUGAAUUCGUACAAAGAGACGUGUUUGACUAUGAGACGUAGAGAGAAAUUCUGAACUUUUGACUUAUAAUCUCUACGCUCGCUGAGCUCAUGUCAGAAAAGGCUGGGCAGGAGCGAGGGCCACCGCUCAUAAGCACAUUCUUCUUCAUUUGAGCCUCAGUGUCUAGUUUGGCCACUUUCAGAACACUCCGGUCGCUCUUGCGAGCCCAGCAGUCGUUGCCAGCACUACCAGCAAUUCUUCUUCGGCGUCCGUGAACACGUCAACGGCUGGAUUGGAAGGAAGAAGCAUGUCGCUCGGAUCAAUGACCGUCAUGUCCUAUGAUAUUUGGAAGGCGAAGUGUGCCUCCGAGAAGAAAAGACUGGAAGAAGAGCGCGCCAAGAAAAGUGAGUUUUUUCUAUAAUUUGCUUCAAGUGCAACUUCUGUUCCUUUUUAGCUUCCGGCGAUCCGUUCACCCGUUCUCCGUCUCCCACUCCAGUUAGGAAGCGUGCUCAUACCUUUGUCGCUCAGCCAAUGGUGAGUUAUUGUCCAGACGCUUCUUUUCACUCAAUUGGCGUCAUUCUCCACUGACUCAACAAUGUUUUUCUCUUUGCAGAACCGCGCCGAGGACAUUCCAGUGGUUGCACCAAAGAAAAUGUCCGUAGACGAGAAAGGAAAAGGGAAAUACAUCCUCUUGCCGACGAUUCCUGCCAUGCGAAUCUUCGUGAAUGAGACCGAGGAGGAGAAGCCCGUACCUGUUUCUCCAGUUAUGAUUGCUCCGCAGCCGGUGACUGUCUCCGUUAUUGACAUUCCAUCCACAUCCACCAAUAUCCGCCCGUUCCAAAUCCCUGUGACGACUGCGCCAAUGCUUCCCCUUCCUCGUCCAGCUCCAGUCAUCGUUCCUCAUCCGGUGCAUCAUCAAAUGUCUCCAUUCAAGCCGGUCUCUGUUCCUCAGCUGCCUGCUCCCUCUCCAGUUAUUUCGACCACGUCAGCCCCCAUGAUGAACAGCAUGUCCACCGAGCAGAUCAUCAGCUCGCUCACCCUACACAACACUGUGCUCCAGCAGCAGCAGAACAGCCAGAUGAUGCAGGAGCUCCUCCAGAACCUCGGAAACCCAAAUCCCCAGCCACAGCCGCAAGUCGACAUGCUCUCAUUGCUCCGUCUUCAGCAACAAGCUGCUGCUCUUGCCGCUGCUCUCCAGGCCGCCGGAGUUCAAGUCCCAAUCACCUCAGCCCCCGCUCUUCCAAUUCUCGCCGCUCCCAAACCAAUUCCAACUACUCCGUCCCUCUUGAAUCCAUUCCUCCAAGCUCCUCUCUACACAAACUCGGUUUAAUAUUACUCUCGAAAAAAUUAUUCAUCUUCUUCACCUCUCUCAUAAUACAAAAGCUAUAGUUGUCUGACUAGUCGUUUCCCUAUCCAAAACCCCUCUCCCACUUCUACGGUAUCCUCGGCCAUCUCUCCAUUUCCCUCCCAUUUAUCAUCUAUCCACGCUUCUCCCGAAAAUGCUCUCAGGCUGUUUGAAUGUGUGUGAUAUUCACACCCUUUUUUUUGUACAUACAACAUUAAAUAAUAAUUAUUUUCCAUCUGGCCACGUCACGAUGUAAUAAAAUGUCAUGUGUGCCUUCGUUUUCGGACCAUGAUGAAUUCUAGAAGCGAGCCGCAACCAGGAAAUUGAAUUUAUGAUCAGAAGUCUUCAGAUUAUAAAGAGUAGAACGCACGAGAAAGUCCGUGUAUAUACGUGUCUUGAAAUAGAGAAGAAGAUAUGUUUUUCCUAGAAAGGUUAUAAUUAUGGAAUUCCCCUCUUAUGAACCCACUUUAGUACGUACACGAGCUCUUUCCAAUAACAAACUUUCUAUUUAUGUACAUAGUAUUCCAAAGAGAUGAGAAACGGGUGUAUGCGGUUUUGAAUGUGCUAUUUGAGCUGCAGCUUAGACCAUUAGCCUCGAAUGUGUGACACCUUUCCGAGUGUUGUUGACCUGACUCAUAGGCGGUAUAAAAGAGAACUCGAACUUUGAAAGACCCUUCUGGACAUCAUCGUCAUGUUCGUCUUUUUCUUUUUCCCAGUGUUCACUUUUGCUGCCAUCCUGAUACCAAAUAUUCCAAUCGGAACGACCGUACCUGCAGUGGCAAGUGAUCCCACACCUACCGUAUCCUCGAAUAACAAUUCUGAAUCUGUUAAAGUGCAAAUACCUGAUGCUUUCAACGCAAAAAUAGCCCAGAGAUUGCCAUUUCUCAAAGGUAUAAAUUGGUCGGAAUCUAGCCUAUAAUCGUCACCCAGUCUAGGUACCGAUGAACUAAAUCGUCAAGAGUUCUUCGCUAUUAUUCAAGACGAAAAACUGAGCAAAGCCGAGAUUUGGGAAAAAGUUGAAAAGUGGGCUGAGCAGCAAUCGGGGAGCGUUCAGGUCUGUUCAGAUUCAGUACAAUAUAUAAGUUAUGACAUCCCCGACUCUUUGACAUUCAUUCAAUUUCUGUACUUUCAGGGCGGCAUUCUGGAAUUUCACCAGAGACUUUCUCAGCAUGUGGAAAACUCAAAGAGUCGUGUGGAACGAAUAAUCAAAAACCUGCCAGACGCCCUGCGAAAACUCUCCGAAAUAGUCCAGGACAUUGAUAUCACACGAUUGCAGGUGGGAACAUUCUUACGAGAUAAUCUAAUAUGGGAUAAGCAAGUCACCUGCUUCACCGUCCACUUUUUCAGGAGAAAAAUCGGAUAACCAAUUUGUACACUUCCUUAGACGAAGAUGUUUCGAAGACUUUACAGUGGAUUGUACAGCUGGUUUCGUACGAAAAGAACGAGGGACGGACUCUGGAACGGCGGAGCAAACUACGGAAACUGAAGAAAAGUGGCAUAUGGAAGGGCAGUGUGCAGGCAACCAACAUCAUCUAA